CUGAAUUACUGAGACUGAGGGUUGCUGUUUCGCUUCCACUAACAGAGCUUAGUCUAUUCCUUACGUCUUCUCUGAACGAAAUGGACCACUAUUCUCAUAAUUGCGCUCAUGACUUGGAUACAUUUUGGGAUGAGUUGAGUAAUACAUGUGUGCCAUGUCAUCAACAUAAUCCGAUCCGACCAGGGUACGAAUUUAGUCCAAACUGUGGCAGGCAGGAUGAUGGGGGAAUAUCGGAAACACCGUAUCGACCGUGUGCCGCCCAGAGCUUCAAUAACGGGAGCUUCGUGAAAUGCCAACCUUGUUUUCGCUGCGCUCCAAAUCUUCAAAGGCUGUCCGAAUGCAACGCAACGACAGACACGCAAUGCUGCGUAGCGAGGGACCAGACACGGUGUUGGAAAGGAGCCCUGAGUACCACGACUCAACAGGUCCAACGGUCAACAACAUUAAGGUUCCAAGUGUCAACAUCAAAUCCCACCACAGCCAAACACAUUGAUCCAAGAUUACAUGGUGAUUCUGCAACUUCACAGGUCAACCAUCAGACUGCAUGGAUAGUGCUUACUGUCGUCUUGGUUUUCUCUGUACUUGCAUUUCUCUUAUUCAUCUAUAUUAAGACGAGAAGGAAAAGAUCAAGACCUUUUUGCUUCAGAGAUAAGGAGAAUACCCACCAACGGUCACGGAGCAAUAAGACAACAGCAGCUGUCAAUGAAGAGGUUGCUCUGCUACAGUCAGAGACCAGUAGCCUAGAGGACAUUUUGAGUUCUGACCUCCAGUCUGCGCCACUGCAGACGGUUCUGGACAACCUGGAUGUUCUAGAAGAGCUUGUGAUCUUGCUGGACCCGGAGAGCCCUGGGGUGAAGAACACCAGCCACCUAGCAUCUCGUUGCUCCUUCCCCGCCACCUGGAUUACCUACACCUACUCCCUGAGGGAGAGCAAGAGCCCCCUGAGGGCCGUGCUGGAGGGGGUCACCACCAAACACCCAGAGUGGACUGUAGGACACCUGGCCAGGUUGCUGAGAGAGAUGGACCGGAACGACGCAGUGGUGGUGCUCACCAAGCUCAGCUUGCUUAAGGUGUUCUAGUCUGGAUGUGUUCUGUGUUGGGUCCGGAAAAGAUUUCUCCAUCCAGAUACAACUGCGAGUCUCUACCCCCUGCCAACUCACAGAUAUGUGACUCGUUUCAGGAAACUAGGCGUAUGUCACGACUUCACAGGAGAGGCAUUUUUUUGUGGCAGAAAUGCCUUCUUAAACAUUAUAACCGGAGGGCCAGUAGAAGGCAUGCUUUCCUGGGUGACACCGAAGUCCCAAUGCAGUGAUUGGGAACACUGCUCCUUUGCAUUAAGGUUCAAAAAAGAUAUUUACAGUGCAUUGCGAAAGUAUUCGGCCCCCUUGAACUUUGCGACCUUUUGCCACAUUUCAGGCUACAAACAUAAAGAUAUACAACUGUAUUUUUUUGUGAAGAAUCAACAACAAGUG